UCUGGGCGUCGUGUCGGGCGGCGCUACUCUCGUAGCAACAGUCAUAGCCGUUCGCGCAGCCGAUCAAGACUCAGUCGAAGUUAUUCUCGAAGUCGUAGCCGCAGCUUUUCUUACACUCCUCCACAUGCUUCUAUGCACCGCAGAGGCUAUAGUGGACAUGCUCGCGAAAACCGAAGUCCUAUUUAUGACUCGGCUUCUUCUUCUUCUCGAUCUCCUGUUCCACCUCGUGGAAGCCAACGCCGCGCUGCUCCAAGUGAAAAUUCACGAAACCGCGAAAGGAAUCAAUUUCCAAAUCCCAUUUCUCGUCCACGCUCUAGACCUACCGGGUCUCCUCAGUCUGCUCGCUUAGUUUCUGAAAGGAGAGCUUCACCUACUGAGUCGGAACUAGCACAUCGAAGAGUGCGCAUGGAAGAGCAAUAUCCCAUCACUGAUAGGAGACGUAUACAGAUAGAUACUCCACCUCGCGAGCAUAGGGUCUUGGGCGAUUCAGGUGCUCGCAGAAGGAAAUGA